AAGUAUACUUGACAAUGUUUCAGGCAAAUUCUGAGCGGUACAUUUUUGUAAAUGGCAGUUGCGUAUAUCAUACCUUCACUUAAAUCGAUGAAUGCCCAAUGCUUGUACUAGCCAUGAACACUUUGGGUGUUGCUGCCGCUGCCGUCCUGCUCGUGACUAGGACGCACGCGUUUUGUGGAGGCGAAAAGAAGAUCUUGAUCGCGAUGGCAUCUUUCAGUACGGUCAUAAUAGCAGCUACACUAGUGGUUCUAUAUGUCGUUUCAAGUAAAUACGGAAAUUCUAUAUGUGGCGUGCCCGAGGGACAACGGUUUAUAGGUAUUAUAUAUGGUAUGCACAUGACCUAUCAGCUUGUAUUGAUGUCCCUGACACUGUACGAACGCUUCAAAUUUUACCGACAAGAAAAUACUCCAUUGGUUGUUACUGUAUAUCAGGAUGGCGUAAUUUCCAUGUUGUGCAUUGCUCUGGCCUCUAUGGUGAACUGCAUCGGCACUGUUAAGCUACCUUUAUCAUAUUCUCGUAUUUUCUAUUGCCCGCAGGUAGUUGUGCACAGCGUUCUUGCCUCACGCAUCCUGUUCGAUAUACGAGCAACAAGCGAAUCGCAGAGUGUCGUCGUAAAUAGGCCGAUUGCCUCGAAGAUGGUUUUUGUUCGACCGAUCCAAACGCCGUCCUGUGUUGAUCAUCUAGAGCUGUGGGAUAUUGCGGACUUGUGACUUUCAGCUAUAAUUGUAGCUCUCCCCCCAUACCCUUCCCGACUUUCAUAAUUUUAUUCCUGGGUCUUCGAGCCUAUGCAAGGCCCCGAUGCGGUAUCAACAAUGCAUUUGAAAUCAUCAUAUUUCUCCCGACUGACACAAGAUCUUUCCGGGUAGUGUAAACUCUAGCACGCCAUAUGGGCUCUCUCAAAAAGCGGCGCCCCAAAGGCAUGACAAGUUGUCCGUGGUCUUCUCACAAGG